AUGUAAGAAUAGUAUUUUAAGAAAAUAAAUCAAUACUACUUUUAAAAAGUAAUCGGGAAUGUAAGUUAUAUUUAGAUAUUUAAAGGGGGCUUUUGGAAUAGUGUAUUUAGGAUGGGAUGAUAAUUUUAAAAGAUAAGUAGCAAUAAAGGAAAUUUGUAUAUCUAAAUUUGACCUUGAUUAAAUAUAGGAUAAGAGACAAUAUUAAAUGAUUGAAAAAGAAAUAGAAAUAUGCAAGAAAUUAAAAAAUAAAAACAUUGUUGAAUUGUAUGAUAGUUUUAAGGCUGAAAAAUACAUUUAUAUUAUUUUUGAGUAUUGUAGUAAUGGUGAUUUGGAGAUAUUAUUUAAAAAAAAUAGGUUUUAAGAAGGUGAAGUAAAAGCUAUAUUUUAAUAAAUAAUUGGAGGAAUAAAAUAUUUGUAUCAUUAGAAAGUUGUUCAUAGAGAUAUUAAACUUGCAAAUAUUUAUAUAAAUUAAGAAUGGAUAAUAAAGUUAGGAGAUUUUGGUUUUGCAAGAAACUUUGAUAGUUAAAUGUAAUCAUAUUGUGGAACUCCAAUUACAAUGGCUCCUGAAAUUAUAUGUGGAAAGGGAGAAUAUGAUGAAAAAUGUGAUAUUUGGUCUUUAGGAAUGAUUUUAUACAUCAUGAUUUUUGGUAAUAGCUAUUUGUAAUAAUUUAUUACUGCAAAAACUUCUCUAAAAGAAUUUUCAAAAAUAGUGCAGAAAUAAGAAGUAAUAAAUGUAUAUAAUUAAAGGUAAUAUAUCCAGCUAAAACUUAAAUUUCUUAAGGAUUGAAAGAUUUAUUUUCAAAAAUGCUAGAAGUAGAUUCUAAAAAGAGAAUUGGUUAUUAAGAAUUAUUUGAACAUAAUUGGAUUACUGAUGGGGAGAAUGAAAGUUUUAAAAAAAGUGUGAGAUUUAUAUCCAAGAGAAUGAAUUAAGGAGAAAUUAGUGAUAUUAAGAUUCCUUUACAAUUAACUAUAAAUGAAUAAUUAAGUUAUUAAUUUGGUUAGUAUGGAAUCAUAAGAAAUGAAAUUAUUGAAAAUAUUAGAGAUAUAUUGAAUAUAUGUUAAAAUAUUGAAAAUACAAAAAAGCUUUGUGAAAAUUUUUUAAAGAAACUAAGAUCUUCAUAAAACAAUUAUUAAAUAACAUUGAUAAUAAAGGAUUAAAAUAGAGUUUAUAAGGAAGGUAAAGUAAAGAUUUUCGAUAUAAAAUUUAAGCUAAUUUAUUUAUUAGUUAGAAUUAUGUUAGAAUUGAUAAAAACAGACAAUGUUACAAUUUAAAGAUUAGAGAAAGUGUAAAAACUAUUUGAUAUAGCCUAAAAAAUUAAUAUAAGCAAUAUGAUAAAUAUUAAAAUAAUAAAAGAAGAAAUAUAAAAGAUGAAUGAUUAAGAAUUAAAUCAGUAGUUUGAACAAAUAGGUGAUGAAUUAAGAGAAAUAAUGAUUUAACAAUAAGCAAGAUAAUAAUAACGACCACAUAAGAAAGAAUAUGAAAUACUAUUUGAAAAUAAGUAAUUAGAAGAAUAGACUUUUCAGAUGUUGGGAAUGAUAAUUGAAAAUUAAUUGUUACUUCUAAAUGAAAAAAUAUGA